AUGGGCUGGUUUUGGGGUGGCUCGAACAAGGACGACCCGGUCAAAAAGCUUGACCCGGGCUUGCGAGAAUACCUCGAGCAUGAAGCUCCAGAGAAAUACGUCCCAACCACUUCAGUCCCCUCAUCGCAGGACCCCUCCAAGACGGUACCCCAAGAUGCGAAGCCAUCCGUCAGCGCCGAGCCUUCCGAACCCGCCCUUCCCUCCGCUUCUCUAUUCCAAGAUGGCCGUUAUGCGCAUCUCUGGAAGACCUACAAGCCGCCCCAGGAAAAGGAAGCGACGGAACAGAAGACUGCAGAGCGAGUGAUUGAGAAGUACAAGCAGCGCGGUGAUACCGUGCACCGUGCGGCGAUGGAAAAUUGCGCCCUGGAGCAUGAGGACUUGACAUACUGCUUCCAGACUGGCAAUUGGGAGAAACGAUUGCGGGCCCGUGUGACUCUGUGCUCUGAGGAAAACGCUAAGUUCUCUCGUUGUUUUACCACCCAGGCUAAAUUCCUCCAGGCACUAGGAUACGCUUCCUCCUUCAACUGGGACGAGGAAAGGGAAGAACGGAUUCAGAUGCACGCAGAUAAGCUCUACCAUCAGAUGCUUGACUACGAGAAACGGGCCGAAGAAGCACGGAAAGCUGGACAGGAGCCCCCGCCUCUCACUUCUCUCUUCAACCCCCAGGCAGAGGCACAGCAGACACCCGCCAACGCACCAGGAGCCCUGGAGAUUCCUGGAGGUGAGACGAUCCCGACAGGACUGAAACCGUCCAAACCGUUGGCACAGCUUACUCCACAUGAACGAGAAUUGGAGAUCCGAGCACACAAUGCGCAGCUGGAGCAACAGAAAUUGUACGUACAGGAGGCAUCGCCAUUCAUGCAGACACACGAGGACGCACGGCAAAAGCGCAGAGAGAAAGCCGUCAGCUGGUUCGGCGAGACGAUUGGCCGCUGGGUUACAUAA